UGACGGGCGGUGGGUGAUUUGAAAGGGUAGCUUCCGCCCCUGAGGAGGAUCUAUACGUACAUAACACCGGCCAGCUUCGGUGGCCUUUUGUAAGAUCCGGCCAUGUCGACGUCGACCCGCGGGCGUCGGCUGGAGGAGGUGCUGGCGCAGCGUCGGCAGAUCGUCGACACCCUCUCAGCCCACUACGAGAGCCAGCCCAAGGAGCGCGUGGCGGACUACUCUUACGAACCCGAGGAGCCCGACGGUCAGUCAGCAGCGUCGACCAGACCCAGCAACUGCUGCUGAUCUACCCACCUCACUCACUCUCUCUGUGCGUUGUAUUGUGUCUGGCUGGCGUGUGCAGAUGACGACAUCGAUGACAUCAGGGUGCGGCCCCACGUGGAGGGGUACGAGAGCCUGGUGCUGCGCAACAGGGCCGACAGCCCCGGCUCCUCCAAGAGCAAGCGCACCGACGACUGCCGCGACCGCAGCGCCUCCGAGUUCACCCCCCGCGCAAAGCUCAAAGCCGCCUCGGAGUAUGCGGCAAAUGACAGCCCGGUCCAUGAUGGUACGCACGCACACUCUCAAUCCGACUCACAAAAGGCGGUCACUCUCUCUCUGGGUGUCCUUGUGUGUGUGUGUGUGUGGUGCAGACUUGGCUGUGGGUCGUGAGGGCCCCGGUGCGCUGUGCAUCAACUUCAGCCAACCGACGUCCCUCCUCGGUGCCCACCUGGCGGCGACGCGCCACCUGCUGCUGCCCAGGCGGUCGCUCGAUGACAUGUCAAACCACCCCUCCCCGCCCACAGCGUCCAUCCGGCGCAGGUCGGUCUCGGCAGACGCCCUCGUCUACCACGCCAAGAUCGUGGCCCAUCUGGGCGGGAACCCUAGGCGGACACACCCUGACGACAUCGAGAUACACGACGGUGAGCCAGCUUCAGCUCAGGCAGCAAGCGGAGAAACCAUGCAUGGAUGGAUGGAUGGAUGGCGGGUCAUUUUGCGUUUUCUUCUUCUGUCUGUGUGAUCGGCCCUGCAGAGAACCAGCUGGCGGCCCUAGCGCAGCAGCUAUUCCUGGACGAGUGCACCAGGGCUCAGAGGGACCCAGACCUGCAGGCGGACCUCCGGAAGGCGCAGACACGCGCGUCGCUCUACUGGGACACCCGCUCCAAGACCUUCCUCCUCCACUGGGAGCGGCUGCCAGCGGUGCCCUCUGGGGCGGCACGUGCCAGCGAAUACCCACAGAGGGGGACUGAGCUCUUCUCGCCAUCCGAGUACUCAAGGAGGGGCCUCCAGCGGGCCCUUGCGUCCAUCAAGGGCGCGUGGGGCAACCUGCCCUUCACCCUGCAGGACGCCGCCACCUCGCAGCCACACUCACAGCAGGACCAGCAGCAGCAGCAGGGAGGAGGGGAGAGUGAGAGUGCGAGUGCUUCUGCCGCUGAUCGCGGCGGCGCGGCUGCUGGCGGUACUAGUGUGGGUGUGGGCGUGGGUAUGGGUAUGGGGAGGCUGCUGGAGGGCAGUGUGUUCCCUGCAGCAGCAGCUGGUGGUGGUGCUGGUGGUGCGGUGGAUGACCCCUCGCCCGUGGGCGUGUCUGACCCAGAGAGGGGCCCGCCGGCGCUGUCUCGGGUGCUGGCACGGAUGGAGGCCGACCUCGACGCACGGGGGUCCCUGGUGCUCAACAGCAUCGACAUGCUAGAACACAAGAAAGGUCAGCACAGCACAGCACAGCAUAGCGCAGCACCAGCCGUCCACACAGCAGUCGACGGCCACCCACUCUCUCCCUCCCUCCCUCCCUCCCUCUGUGUGUGUGUGUGUGUGACGAUCAUCAAUCAGGAUGGAUUGCCAGCCAUCCGAGCGGUGCAGACGGCAUCGAUCUCUCGGGGCUCCUCCCAAGCGCCAGGAGAGGCACCAUCGUCUCAGGUGACUCACCCAGGGGCGGCGCGCGUGUCAGGUCGACCCCUGCCGGCCAGCAGACGGCCAGGCCACCACCCAAGCAGAAGCGCCGCCGUCGCGACCCCGGGUGUUUUGACUUCUGCACGUGGGGGCUGCUGGACUGCUGUGGGUGUGGCAUUAGCAGCGUCUGCGGGCUGGACGACGCCAUCGACGAGUACAUUGCCUCUGAUGAGACGGACGAGGGGGCGUCGGACGAUGUGCUAACGGUGCCGACUGACCCCGUCUGCUGAGUGGUAGCUGCUGGCGUGUCGUUGUGUUGUGUGGUGUGGUGUGGUGUGGUGUGAUGUGGCAUGGCGUGUGUAUAGGGGCGCGGGGUAAGGUUUGGCGUGUGUGCUGCAUUGAUGCAUAGGCGAACUUUUUAUUUACUUGUGAUGUGUUAGUCGGUGCUGUUCAUUUUCUCUGUAUAGGGGCCAAUUUUCUAUAUAUAUAUAUAUCUCUCUCUCUGCCUGCUCACUGACCCACUCACUCAGUAGCUCCUCCCCCACCUGUCACCUCUCAGCUCUCAGCUCUUUGUCGCCUCUCCCUUGUCUGUCUGUCUGUCUGUCUGUCUGUGACGUCCGUCCACUCACAGGUCACCCACUCACUUAGUUUGCUGUUGUGUGUGUUGAUUAUGAAGCUGCUAAUAGGGUAGGUGGUAUACCGAUGGCCGGUGGACGGCAUUCUCUUCUCUCUCUUGAUGUGAUGGCCAGCCAGCUGUCUGUCUGUCAUGAUGCAGUCAGUGUGUGCUCAUCCCUUCGUCGUUGUGCUGAUCUUAGUGGAGACACUCACCCGGAGGAGCUGCUGGGCGUGUCUGUUCGGCGGGCCAACAUCAGCACACGGAGGAGUGAGUCCUACACACGCGAUGCACGCCAGCCACUGUGUGUGGAUGGGAUGACCUUCACUGAAGGGCCGUGAAGGUUAGUUAGGUUGCCAUGCCAGCUGCUGACGUACGUUGCCAUGCGAUGCUUAGGAUGUGACCUACCAUACCUGUCUGCUUCAAGGAGAUUUUUGCUCGCUUCGGG